CGUACGAUACGAAUAUCACAAACACACACUUACACUUUGAUAAAAACAAUCAUGUCUUCAAAGUCCUUGGCGGUGUUAUUGUGGUUGUUGCUGGCUUCUGUUCUGGUGACGCGGAUGGCGGCGGCCAUGGGAGGAGGCGGAGAUGAGAGAGAGAGCGUGAUCGAGAUGUACCUUCAUGACAUCAUAGGGGUCAGCAACCCAACGGCUCGUCCGACAACAGGGUUGUUGGGAAGCAUUUACAGUGGGCAAGUGCCAUUUGCGACGCCUGUGGGCUUCAAAACCCCUCAAGGAGGAAUCCCUAUUCCUAAUUCCAAUGGUGCUCUUCCCACUGUCAAUGGAGUCACUGGCAUUCCAUUGGGCUCUGGCCUCUCUGGUACUACUUUCGCAGGUAACAACGAGAACAACCAAAACAAUCUACAGAGCCAAUUAGCAGCUGAUGGACUAGGGUUAGGGUUUGGAACAAUAACAGUGAUCGAUGAUAUUCUCACAUCUCAACCAGAUUUAGGGUCACAAGCAAUUGGAAGAGCUCAAGGAAUUUACAUGGCAAGUUCAUCCGACGGAAGCAGACAAAUGAUGGUGUUCACUGCCAUGUUUGAAGGUGGUGAAUACGGCGAUAGCUUGAACUUUUACGGCGUCUACAAGAUCAGAAGGACCAUGUCGCGUCUAUCGGUGACCGGAGGAACUGGUAAGUUCAAGAAUGCAAGGGGGUUUGCAGAAGUUAGGUCUCUUAUUCCUCCCGGACAGAUCGCCGUUGAUGGUGCAGAAACAUUGUUGAGAAUCACUAUUCAUUUGAAUCACCAUUGAAAUCAUGCUACGUGUUGCAUGAUUGUGGCUUUUUUUUUUAACUUUUAUUUUUGUUGAAAUUUGAUUGUGUUUUUGUCAGAGUGAUAGGAGAAUGUACUUAAAAAUCUUAGUAUAUUCUCCACACAUAUUGUAGUUGUUUAUUUCUAUCUUUCUUUUUCGUUAUGAAAUUUAGGAUUUUGACUGUUUA